AUGGCAGCUCACCAGUUCGUGCGCUGCGACAGCGAUGGCGUGAUUGUGGACGUCGAGGAGUUUGAGGUGGCAAGGGCAAUCCUCGCUGGUGAGACGCAGCUGCUCAGCCAAGGCAUCCAGUCCAAGCACAUCUUCGAGCUUUGCAUCGCAUUUGGGCAUCAGAGCACGGCUGCCGCUCUGCUGACGCAGGUUCCGGGUUGCAAGGUGGAGGCCUGGCACCUGGGACCUUUUGCUAGCGAGGCAAGAAGCCCCCUUGUUCGAUUCUUCGGCUGCCAGUGCGGAAGCACCUGGGACACCUGCAGCUUCUGCUGCUGGGGCUGGGACAUCGAAAGCGGCGUGUGGAUGCAGGACUGGGAUGCCGAGCUCGGCGACGCAAUCGCCUGCGCCCGUGAGGCGGCCCAGCGGCCCGUGGCCCGUGUGCUGCUGGGACUGCUGGGCGUGCUGCGUUCGGGCGAGGGCUUCCGCAACCUCGAGGUCUCAGACGAAGCCACAGCGCGGCUUCUGGACUUGGCCAUCCUUAUGGGAGACAAGGACUUGGCCGAGCGCUGCGCCCGGCACCGUGCGAAGAGGCCCCUGAGGCGCUGGUGCUCGCAGGACUUUUUUCCGUUUUGCGGCAAUGCCCUGGUGAGUGUCUCCGCGCCAGAUGUCUUGGCAGCCGCCUUGCUUGCGGGUGUGGCUUUGCAAGAGCUUAAUCGUGCCAUCCCGGGCUGCCAGUGUGUCAUGCCAUUGCGCGAAGCCAUUGCCCUGUGUGGCGACAUGCAGCUCUGGGAGACUUUGGCCCCACUGCUGCCGGAAGGCCAGAAACCAUGGAUCCCGUACACGUGUGACUACACGGCGCUUUUCUUUUGCAACUGCGACCCGGAUCUGCAUUGGAACUGGGAGCUUUGCAUGAGCAGGCUCCAAACUGCCACGCUAGCAAACAUGGCGCUUGGGGAGUUUGCAGUUGACGCUGAGUAUGGCAACGAGAGUAGCUGUUACACAUGCGGCGUUCAUGGUAUGACAGUCGAUAUUUACGAUCCAUUUCGCCUGAUGGACAUUGCUGUGUUGAACGGCCAAUCAGCGUGUGCAGAGCUGCUCGCAUCCGUCGGGGCCAGCUCCUCGAAAUGGACCUGCCAGGCAUGCUUGCCAGACCAACGGUGCCAUGACUGCGGAGAAGUGGCAUUAUCUGUAGCGAUGGUGCCACUGGAAGAGCGUCGCGCAGCUGCGGGCGCGGCUCUACGUGUGGCGCUCGCGCGAGCCUGGCGUCUUGCUGCGCCGAUGGGGCUGGGAAUCUAUCAAGCCCUGCGUGCGUGCAGCUGUGGGAAAAUGGCGCCAAAGCCUUUGGUGAAAAUCAUCCUCUCCUUCGCUGCUGAGAGGCCUCACAUUGCUUGUGUUCUGGAGGGGCUCGAGGAGGAGCUUGAGCAGUCAGCAGGGGCUCUCCAAGAACAGGCGCCGCACGAAGUUGCAUCCGAGACUUCUCAUGUGGAGGCAGUCCGCGAUGGGGAGACGGAGGUCCAAGGUAUGGAGGACGCGAAGUCCACCGACGACUUGCUGACGGCUUUGCGCAACAGUCGGGACGAGAUGAUGCCCUUAAGCCCCGAUGGCGUGAUCUGCUUCAAGCUCACGCGGAAGGCCAAUGCCCCACACGUCAACGAGCUGCUCUUUGAUGCCGAGGGUCCCUUGGCCGACUUGCACCGGCGCGUUCUGAACGCCGGAUGCGAGGUGGCUCCGGAGUGGUCACCUGUUAAGGCCCUCUUCGUGCCCCUCACGCAGGCACAGCUCCUGGAGCUGACUGAAGAUGGUACUCGCAACCCGAAUACCCCGGAGCUCGGCAAGCAGCACAUCCUGGCCUUAAGGGCCGACGGCCCUCUCUUGGACCGAGCGAUCCGCAGCCUCCGCAACGCGCACCGCCCCCGCCUUUGGCCCAGAGUCCCGGCAGCGCCCGCAGCGUCGGGGCGUGACGAGGAGGAGGAGGAAGAGGAGGAGGAGCCCAUGAUUGUGGUGGAGGGUGGGCUCAACACCGACUCCAGCCUCGGCUUUCCCAGCUACGAGGGCUGA